AUGAAAGACAUAAAUAAUAUUUUAUUUAAAAUUGUGGUGACACCACCACUCAGACGGAUCGCCCUCAGGGCUCACGUCUGCGCGCCAGCUCGUGUGGUGAUCUUGCCAAAGCAAAGGCCGGGAUCUCUGAAUCAGUAUAUCAACUUCCGACUAUUUAACCGGAGAUCUUCCCCUAAAAAUUGGAGGAAGACUCAGGGAAGCAUCGACGGCUUAACUUCAGCGCUGGGUCUAACACAACUGCACCCGAGGCUCCGUGUCCGCGCAGGCUUGGGCCGCUUCCUAAAGGCAAUAAAGAGCUCUCCCCUUUCACUCUCUUCUCUCUCUUGGCUACGUAGCAGGGCGGCGGUGUCGUUAUUCCUUGUGAGUACGUUAAAAAUAAAUCAUGUAUAGUUCA